AUGAUGGAACAUGUCAGCGUUGUUUCUGAAUUUUUAAACUUUUUCCCGAAGCGGUUUGCUUUGUUGGUCAAGACUAUCGAAGAAAUGCUACCUGAAUCACGUCAUAAACGUCUAAUCAACGUUUGCAAAACCAGAUGGGUGGCAAGAAUUGAUGGUUUGUCUGUUUUCAUUGAAGUUUUCCCAGCUGUUAUCAGAUGCUUUGACAUAAUUCGCGACAACAUUAACAAUACUUGGAAUCCCGAGUCUGUGCAGAAAGCUGGUUAUUUGUACUUGGGUAGUGUUUCGUGUUUGUUCAUUGUAACUCCUGUCAUUGUUUCAAGAUGUCUUGAGGUGACUCGUCCGCUCACUGUUCAACUGCAAGAGAAGGCUAUUCAUGCCGGUGCAGCUAGAGAAAAGGUGUCUUGUCUGUACGUUCAUCUAGAGAAUGUUAGAAAUGAAGAGGAUGCCAAGCAUGACUUGUGGUUCGAAGAAGCAGAAUCUGUUGCAGAAGGCGUGGGGACCUUGCCAGAAAAGCCCAGGGUAGCAUCUAAGCAACAACACCGCGCGAACACACCAGCUGACACGCCGUCAGAUUACUAUCGGAGAGUAAUAACAAUUCCUGUUCUGGAUCAUUUGAAGUCACAAAUCCAAACCCGCUUUACCGCAGAUAACUUGGAUGUUCUAGAUGCAGUUUACGGUUUACCAAGGAAUGUUCUGAUGUAUCCUGACUGGAAAACCAAAUUUUCUAAAUUCCUAGAAAUAUACAAGGAUGACUUGCCUCAACCUUGUUUCCUUGCCACAGAAUUGGAGAUGUGGAGUGAGCGAUGCCGAAUGGAGAAAGGCCCCCUGCCAACCAAACUCGUUGAUGUUUUGCCAUUUGUCGAUGAAAUUAGUUUCUCAAAUAUCUAUACGGCUUUUCAAAUUUUUGCAACAAUCCCUGUCACUACUUGUUCGUGCGAAAGGUCUAUCUCUGCACUACGGCGAUUGAAAACAUAUCUACGCAGCACCAUGUCAGAGUCGCGACUCAGAGGCCUAGCCUUACUUAACGUACACCGUGAAAUUCACUUGGAUACUGAACACAUAUAA